GAGCAUUGCAGAGCUUCUCUUCCACUGACUUCUUUCCCAGCUGAAAUUCCCCUUUAUCACCAUCUGGCACAUUUGAGCUCUGGCACCCCCUCAUUCCCCUUUCUCCCCCCUCCCUCCCUGCCUUGCUCUUUUUCUCCAUCAUAAUCACACCGUCACUCCCCCUCAACCCUUUCCCCUAUUUUCUUCUCUUUCAUCAUUCAUUCCCUCUCUUUUUCUCGGCUCAUUCUCAUCCCAUUUCUGCUCCUCCUCCUCCCAUUGCUUCCCUCGGAACCUCUCCCGAUUGGCUGGUGGCGACAUCCCCAAGAGCCAUUUGACAGACAGCUUGAUCUACCUAACCCUGGGAGACAAGACUCCCCCCUUUUCAUUCAGCAUUCAGCAGAAUUGCUUUUGAUUGAGGGGAGGGGGGAGUGUGUCAUCUCUGCCGGGCUUCAGCCAGCAAAUGCUGAAGAGCUGCUGUCUUACCUGCAGUCGCCCCAGAGAGCAGGUGGGAUUGUAUGCGCAGCCCAUGGGGGAGCACAGGGGCCCCGGGGAGAGAAGCCGCCUGGCCAGGAAGAACAGCAGAAGAAUUAAAGGCAAAUAACUGGGGCAUCUCACAGCCCCAGGAGGGAGAAGGAGGGCAUUCCAGUCCUGCAGCAAAGAACCUGUAUCUCACAGACUCCACAAUUCACUCCUACACUUUUUUAAAAAGAGGAAGAAACCAGGAAAUGGAACAUCAUCCCAAGGACUGAAGGCAUUAUCCUUGCUAUACCCCUUUCAACUGAUCCAGUGGGCUGAACAUUUCUGCCAUGGACAAUUUCAACUUCACCACUACACUGAGUUCUUGGGAAGAGAACACAACAACCUCUGUUUCUGAGAACAUUUCUCGAGCUACUGCCCUUGGUGUGGAUGUCAGUGGUGUCCUUAUUCCUAUAGUAUAUCUCAUUGUCUGUGUAGUGGGACUAGCCGGGAAUUCCUUAGUCAUCUAUGUGGUUUUGUGCCACUCAGUCAGUGAAUCUGUAACCAAUGUCUACAUCUUCAACUUGGCACUGGCAGAUGAACUCUUUAUGCUUGGCCUUCCCUUCUUGGCUGCUCAAAAUGCAUUGUCUUAUUGGCCCUUUGGUUCAUUUAUGUGCCGGCUGGUCAUGGCUGUAGAUGCCACCAACCAAUUCACUAGUAUUUUUUGCCUGACUGUGAUGAGUGUUGACCGCUACUUGGCUGUGGUGCACCCUGUGAAAUCCUCAAAAUGGAGGACAGCACGAGUGGCCAAGGCAGUCAGUGCCACUGUCUGGGUCCUCUCUUCAAUAGUGGUGCUGCCAGUAUUGGUGUUUUCAGAAGUCCCUCAGGGUAUGAACACAUGUCACAUUAAGUGGCCUGAGCCUGCAGCUGUAUGGCAAACUGGGUUCAUUAUCUACACAGCUACGCUUGGCUUCUUUGGACCACUACUGGUCAUCUGCCUUUGCUACCUCCUUAUUGUUGUCAAGGUUCGAUCUUCAGGCAGGAAGGUACGAGCAGUGACAGCCAAGCGCAAGCUAUCUGAGCAGCGGGUCACACACAUGGUGGUAGCUGUAGUGGCAGUCUUUGUGCUCUGCUGGCUGCCUUUCUAUGUGCUCAAUAUCAUCAAUGUUAUCUGGACUUUGCCAGAGGAACCAUCUCUUUUUGGUAUCUACUUCCUUGUUGUAGUGUUGCCCUAUGCCAACAGCUGUGCUAAUCCCAUCAUCUAUGGCUUCCUCUCCUAUCGCUUCAAGCAGGGUUUCCGUAGGGCCCUCUUGAGACCAUCCCGUCGAGUGCAGAGCCAAGAUGCAACAGCAACUGCGGCAGACAAGAUGGAAAAAGAAGAGGAGGAAGAAGAGGAGGAGGGGGAGGAGGAAGAGAUGGAGGCAGAAGCAAGUGAGAUCUGCAAGAUUGCCCAGAAUGGCAAUGGCAGACAAGAAUGUCGUUCCAUCAGUGGGUCUGGAAGAGGAAGUGAACAGAAGCAACUUCCUGAGGAACCUGUUAGCUGUGAGAAGCCCAGCAUCAUGAGCAUUAGCUACUUAUAAUGACUAGGAACUUUAUUCUCUUUGAAAUUCUCUGGCUAAGAAUCACACAGAGUAACAAUUAAAAGGAUUGUCUAUAAUUUAAGCUGUGUCUAAAGGGUUUAAGGAAGCCUGGAAGCAAUGUGGAUUAAUAAAUGCCCAGUUCUGUUCUCCAAAGAAAGGUUCAGUAACCAUUUCCACUGGCAACACCAGAAUCAUGACCACUGCUGGGUAGGGGCAAAUGCUUUUGGAUUUGAUUGAAAAUAUCCUUCCCCAGCUGAACUGAGGGAUACCGUACUUAUCUGCAUUUGACAGACAUUACUUUUCAACAUAUAUUUGUCAGCAUUUUAUAGUAAUAGAGGGGAAUCAUUUAUUUAUUAUGGCUUUGUCAUUGUACAAAGAAUUUGUACCCUUGGCUGCUUCUGAAGUUUGAUUUUUGGCCACAUUUAAACAAACAAACAAAGCAACAUAUUUUAAUACAGCCUUCCCCAUGACUGCUUUUGAGCAUGACUACAAUUUUGAAUUCCCCAGGCAAUGAAAUCAGAAAUUAUGAAAUUUGGGGUGUAACACAGGGAAAUACAGAAGGGAUGGAGGGUGCUUUUAUGUUCCUUUGGCAGACUAUCCACCAAAAUAUGGUAGGCCACUGUGUGCCAAAAUGCUGAACUAGAUAGGCUUCAGCCUGAAACAGCUGGUGUGGUUCUUAUUGCUGGAAAGGAUCAGGUUGAGGAAGGCUGCCUUAAGAGAAUUUUUAUUACACCAUGAUUUUGAUUUUAUUUCUUAAACAGGAUAGAUGUGGGGUUUUCUCUCCCCUAUAAAACUCUAAAAUUCAUUAAACUGAAUCCAAGUGCAAAAUAUUGGUAGUUGUCUGAGAGGGCAGACAGAGAGCAGAAGUAAAGUUCUUGGGUCUUUUUAGACCACAGUUCCCCGAACUCUGAUUCUAAGAGUAACCAUUCACAAAAGUAACUUUGCCAAACUCUGGAAGACAUCUACUAUGCACCGAGGAAAGAGGAUCUUUCUGACUGCAUGCUUACUGCAGGAAUAUGUCAUAGAUGGAAGAACUGAUGUUAGUGCAGAAAUCUUUUCACACAAUGGCAGCUGGUGGCUCCCCUGUAACUGAGGUGAUGCAUCCAAAUUUAAAUCCAGGUUUUAAAGCAAUGGUUCUCAGCCUGGGGUCCCCAGAUGUUUUUGGCCUUCAACUCCCAGAAAUUCUAAGAGCUGGUAAACUGGCUGGGAUUUCUGGGAGUCGUAGGCCAAAAACAUCUGGGGACCCCAGGUUGAGAACCACUGUUUUAAAGUAUCUGUCCAAGGCCCAACUACACUGCCAUAUAACACAAUUUGAAACUGCAGUGUAGAUGGUGCCUAAAUUACUAAACCUUAAUCUGAAAUAAAUUCAGUACCUUGGAUAGCUCUUUUAAGGUAAAGGUAAAGGUUUCCCCUGACGUUAAGUCGUGACCAACUCUGGGGGUUGGUGCUCAUCUCCAUUUCUAAGCCGAAGAGCCGGCGUUGUCCAUAGACACCUCCAAAAUCAUGUGGCCGGCAUGACUGCAUGGAGUGCCGUUACCUUCCCAAUGGAGUGGUACCUAUUGAUCUACUCACAUUUGCAUGUUUUCGAACUGCUAGGUUGGCACGAGCUGGGGCUAACAGAAGGUGCUCUUUUAAACCUUGCUAAAAUCUUGAUGAAUUCACCACUGUGCUGACACGAAAGCCAUCAACCACUAUUGUUUUCAUGUACAAAUCUACCCCUUUCUGUUCUUGAUUUUAACUUCCUGAUUUAGGAGGAGAAAGAAGGUUUUUCAUGCUUAUUGUUAAAGCAUUUGGAGUCAGAAAUCCUUGUUGAUUUACCACAAAUCACCCAGAGAUCUAUCAAAAGAUCUUGAUCUACCAUCUUCCUAAUAUCUUGGAGCCCACAUGAAGGGAAGGAAUGAUGGUUGGGUUUUUGCAUGUCCUAAGGGCAUCAUUCCAUCUUCACUCAGCACUCCCCCACCCUUCUGUGGGGAUAUAAUAAUGCAAACUUUCCUUAUCAGCCACCCUGAGUCCCCUCGGGUGAGAAGGGUGGUGUAGAAAUAAUAGAAAUAAAUAAAUAAAUUGUAAGGAUGGCUGACUACAGAGGUUUGUUAGUACUUUAGAACAUUUUGCCACAUUCCAGUUGCCUUCAGAUAUGUUGGUCUGGAACUCCCAUCACCCUUAGCACACAUAACCAUGUUAUUUGAGGAUGACUGAAAUUUUUGUCCAAUAUAUCUAAAAGCCACCUUGCAGUGAUCUAAAACAGUGCAGAUCAAGGUUUUUUUUCCUUCCAGGGUCCAUUUGUUUCUUUCCUUGAAGCUCAUCAGGAACUGGCUAUCAAUGUCUGGACAGCUGGGACCAGACCAUCAACCACCAAUUUAAGUAGCACUGCUCUAUAGUGCUAUCUCAUGCUAAAUACUGUGAUGAUCCUCGUUGCAGCUUUACAACAUAUGGAAUAUGUUUAAGAGGCGUUCUUUAAAUAUAACUUUCCUUUCCACAGCUUAUGGUUGCUGUACCUAUGUGGUAAGCAGUGAACAAGGCAGUAAGAGACACUUUACCAUAUGUACCUAGCAUUUCAGAAUAGAGACCAGUUCUUUGGGGAAUAAAAAGAAGAUAUAUUCACAAGAGCCAUGAAUCCAUUUUUGUCCUUGCUGCCUUUACAGUUCAGGGUCAGAUCCAAAAUAUCAUAGUAUUGCUCUUCAAGCAUCUUUCCCCCUGAAACAUCUCAUGGUCCAUUUCAGAAGUGUGAUGUUUGGGGGUGAUAAAGUACCAGAGAGUACAAAGUAGAAGGAGGUGGUAUAACAAGUGUGCCAAGAACAUACAUGUAACACUGAGCUUUUUAACCCAGAAAUGAAAUUAAAUCCUUAAUUAAAACUUCACCUUGCCUUUAUAUUUAUAUUUGACACUAGCUGUGCCUGGCCAUGUGAUGCUGUGGCUUAAGUGGAAUAGGAGUGAAUAGCCUUGCAGCCUCAAAGCCUGGCUGUUUUCUUCCUAAGGGAAUCCUAGUUUGGUGAGCUGGAAUACAAUGAAUAGUCUUGUUGUGGCAGGUAUGCAUGCUGCUAUUAGUCACAUUGAUUAGCAUGUAAUGGCCUUGCAGGUUCUAAGCCUGGCUGCCUCCUUCCUUGGGGAGUCCUUUGUUUGGAGGUCUUAGCUGGCCCUGAUUGAAGCCCCUCCCUUCUUGUUCAGGAAGUUGAAGAAGGACUAGCAGAAGACAGGGCUCAGUAGAAGGCCCAUCUGCCAGGCUGCUGUUAUCAGUAACAAUUAUAUUCAGUAAUAAUAUGAAGGAGGUGGGUGGACUACAAUUCCUCAGAAAUGUUGGGUCUGUGUUCCAAGUUGUAGGUGAACUGUAACUCCCAGUGUUAAAGGUCAAUGACCUCCUAAGACUUCCAUUAUUUCCAGUUGGCCAUGUUAAAUUUGUGUGGUAUGUUUUGUCCAAAUGGGCUCUGUGUUCUCUGAAUAGAGGUGAACUAUAACUCCUGGUUGUCAAGGUCAUUCACCCCCAAACCCCAGCAGUAUGUUAAUUUGGGUCUUUGUUGCAAGUGAGUUCCAGGUUCACUAUUGGUGCGGUUCAGAGUGGUCUUUGAUUGCUGGUGAACAAUAAAUCCCAGUCCCUUAAUCUUCUAUAAAUCAUGGUGAAUUCUCCCCAGACCUCUCUCUGUUAGUUAGGAGAAGGUAGGAGCGAGGAAGGAUGGAAGGGAGGGGUGUGUCAAAGCCAUGCUGCCAUGACUCCUGAAAUAGGCCUGCUUGUCAAAAGCCAUGCCGGCAUUCCUGGGAGUUGGAGAGGAGGUAGGAGGAUGGAGGAAGGUGUGAGGGCAAAGAGUGGGGUUUGAAAAAGCAGUGGCGCCAUUAUUGCCUAAAUCCCACAGCUUUCUCCCCAGACGGCCACGGAAGGGCUGCAUGGUGGUUUGCUGAAGUAUUUGAAGUAGGACUGCCACAAUCAGAAUCCAUUCCCAUUGUCCCCAAUAGGUGGUUAGGGAUUGUGGGAGUUGUAGUUCAGCCUCCCUCCCUCUUCCAGGGCACGUUCGCAUUAAUGUCCAAAUGUCCCUCUCCGAUUUCUAAGUCCCAAAGUUUGUGAAAGCUUGAGAAGGGGAAAGCUUUCACCCUUUUUUCCCUCUGCCUCGUUCUUGUUGUUUAGGGCUUUUGUGGCCCUCCCUAGUGUGAGGCAAACCAUCUGCCAUGGCAGUUGGGCUGCUCACGCGCAGCUGGCUGUAAUGCCCGUAUGUCUCCUAAGGGUGGGGACUGGGAGCUGCUCCGCGCAUGCGCACAUGACAAUUUUCCUUUUUGGGGGUUUUUUUAGGGACAUCCACUUUGAUUUGUGUUUUGGUUUUGUUGUCUAAACACAGUGGGAAGGGCCAUGUGUUUUGUUGCCAAGUUUCGUGGGUUUGGGUUGUGUAGUUUCGCUGUUUGCUUUAAAGUAGAAAUGGUCAGAACAGAUUUUUAUGUUUAGAUAAAUUGAGAGGAAGAACUGCCAAAUGUCAAAAGCUCACAUAGAAAUGAGGAUGACAGGUUUGCUGGAGGCUGCUAUCAUCCCUCUUACCAUUUGGAGCACUUCAACCUUCUUAAAUACUUUGAAUAUGAGGAAAGAUCUGACCACAUGGGAAUAAGAAACUCUGUGGAUUAUUAUUUGGGAUAGGCUUAAAUUAUCUGAUGUGGACUGGAAAGUUUAUUUCCCAGUAUGUCAGGAAUGGCAUUGCAUUGGUUCUCAUUAAGUAAAACUACUUCUUUCUUUCUCCAAAAGCCACAGAAUACAAGAAACCAGUAGCUUGGGCCAUGGAUCACCACUUCAAGUUACACCGCUUCAAGUGGUGCCCAUGGUCUUCGGACCAUCUGGUGUAGAUUGUGGAUGGAAAAUGGUGGGAGGUCAAAGAAAUGUAUACUUCCCAUGUUCCACCAUAUUCCAGACUCCCCUCCUUUUCACCACAAAACCAGAAGGCUCUAAAUUUUAAUCUGAGCUAUUGAUGGAAUAGGAUUCAACAUCAUAGCUCCUUCAAAAUCUAAACUAAAACCCAGAUCAGAUUCUCCACUUCACUGGCAUGAUAAUAAGGUUGCCAAGUGAAGAAUGGAAUAAGUCUCCUUUAUACUUAGCAGAAGUGUAGACAGGAGAUUUUUAACUGAUAGGAUUUGCAUAGCAAGUAACACCUGCUGAAAUUCCAUCUUCUACACAACCAUUUAAGUAUAGGGGUCCUAUUCCUGUUUUUCAACUAGCAACCUUAAAUGGAAGUAACUAGCUGCUCCUGGAAGCAUUAAGAAGAUCAUUUAAAUCAGAGUUGUAUAACAAUGUGCUAUACUAUACUAGUACCGUGUUCUCAUUCCAUUUUAAUUGCCACAGUAACAUCAUCUGGAAUUCUAGGAUUGGCAUUUUAAGGAAGGACAUAUAGAAUCUCAGCCAGGGAACUCUUGGGCUUCACUAAACUAGAAAACUGAGAAUCUCACAUAAUGUUUCCAUGGCAUUCAAAAUGGGAUGAUAACACUAUAACAGUUUAGUGUGGCAGGGCCUCAGAGAAUGUCUGAAUCUUGCAAAAGAAUGACAUUCUUUGGGGCAAGCCUUGACAAUUAAACUCGUAUAAUAUCUAUAUACACCCUGAACUCCAUUUCAUAGAGUUGUUUUUU